UACUGCAUGCCGUAGUGCAUAUUGCAUGUAUUGCAUAACAAGUGUAUGACAUGCAUGAUGAGUGGAAGUUUUCGUGUCGACAAUUCAACUAAGAUUAUAAAGAAUAUACUCGACUCGUAAGUGUAGGUCCUAAUCCCAGGCAUUCGAGGCUGCAUACUGAGAAUAAAGAAAUAAAAUCGCUUUUUCCUUGAAUGUUAUCUUUCCAGGGUUUCUUUGUGCCGGUGUCUUCCGUUCCUCAUCCCAAGAUGGUUGUUUACAUGCAGAUUCUCCUAGCAGCGUGUGUGUUAUUGCUUGCUCAAGCAGAGAGGACAACCUUAGAGGAUUACAUCAAUACCUGCAUGGAUGGCAAAUAUCAAAAGAGCAAACCAGGACCGGAGGCGUCACUUUUUAACCAGUGUGCUCCUUGGAAGAACAGGUCGUGCUGUACGCCUGAAGUAACUGAAGACAUGCAUGUAUCACCAACAUGGCACAGCUUUGAUUGGAAUCAUUGCCCUACUGCACUAUCUGAACCAUGUCAGAGAUACUUGAUGCAGGAUCUAUGCUUCUAUGAGUGUUCACCCAAUGUGGGUCCGUGGUUGGUACCUCACAACAUCAGCAUUAGGAAUGAGAGAUUCCUGGGUGUACCCCUCUGUAAGACAGAAUGCCAUGCGUGGUUCAACGCUUGCAGAAGUGACUUCACAUGCAAAGAUAACUGGGCUAAGGGCUGGGAUUGGUCAAGUGGAGGCAAUGAGUGUCCAGCUGAUACCACCUGUCGUACCUUCAGUGAAACCUUCAAGACACCAGAGAACAUGUGUGAGAAUAUUUGGGGAGGUUCCUUCAAAGUAGUUCCUGACAACGAGCCUUGUAUGCUUCUGUUUUUUAAUGGUGAUAACAAUCCAAAUGACAAGAUUGCGCGUUUGAAAGCAGAGGAGUUGCUGAAUGCUGGAUCGAUGGCCACGCUGCAUGUAUGGGCCCUGCUGGGUGUUAUUCUUGCUACUAUUUGCUUGACAACUCCUUAAGUUAAAAAAAAAGUCUUCGGUUUCUGGUAUAGAGCUUGCCCCAAAAGUGGUGAGGCGACGCAGACUUUUAUUUUUGGUCCCCCUACUGUUUUUUUUCCCUUCAAAUGUCGGCUGAUGUUGCAGAUGACGCUUCGAUCCCCUUAAAGUCUCAAAAAUAUCCUUCAGGGUGAAGCUUGAGGUGACCUCAGUGAGGCCAUAAGGCUUGAGAAUUCUGCACCCAUUUACGAUCUCGACGAACACGAGCAUUCUUUGGGAAAUUGGAUAGUCAAGACAGAAAUCAGAGAAAAUGGUAACAGGAGACCAUACAGCGACAUCGACAUCGUGCAUGUGCUGCCAGGCUGGUCGUUAGUCUGCUCCCUUACAUAUUGCGCUAAUUAAAAGAUAACACGACCUUCGCUCCCUCAGUCUGGCUUCCAGACGCACAAUUACGUAACUACAACAAACUGUCUGCAAAUGGUGCUCGAUCGUAAUACGUUAAAAUUGUGCAGCAGCAAGAUUCCAGUCAAACCAGUGAGUUUGGCGGUUUUUGCCGACACGCAUGGCUACGACGACGCGUGCGCAGACCAGAAACCGGAGACAUUUUUUUGGCUUAAAAAACCUGAAUGAACAAAACUAUUAGCACCGCUGUAGCCUAUUUUUUUCAUAUUGGCUCAACGGAUUUCCCAAGCAGGAUCGAGGAACUCAAAGUGAUAUUCUCAAAUUUAAUUUAAUAAUUAAAAGGCUAAGAACAGCAUUGGAAACUGUUCAAAUCCUCAAACAAAGGUUUCUUGGUGAAAACGUGUUCCUUGUUGCAAAAUGUAUCAUUAUAUCAAACACACACGGAAGGUACUCUUUGAAACAUACUGGUUUUUUUUUUAGAUAAAUGAUGAGAAUGAUGAUGAACAAUUUGUUUCGUACAUUUUGUUUACUAUGUCUGUGAAGCUCCAUGCUUUAUUUGAAGCAGAUUUUUGACCAUUUUUUCAGACUUUCAAAUUGUAUGUGCUUGACAAGAAACGGUUUUUAUGACAAUGUUUCAAUCUCAGAUGAAACACUGUGUGAAGCUCUUCUUCUGUAAAGUACAUCCCUCUCAACAACUAAAUAGCUGCCAAUGAUUAUCAUACAGGAUAUGGUUGCAUCUGAUACGUUUAAGUUGGUUCAUUAAAGUGAUGGAAAGACAAACUGCAUGAAAAGAUAAAAUAUAUAGGAAACCCUAGAGUAUUAGUCAAGUUUACAAGAUAAACCUUAUAUAAAGCACAGGCUUAAUUUUUGUACAAUUGUAAGAUGUUUUAAACCACUGAUUUGGUUUUUAAUUUGCACCAUGUAGUGGUGCUUUGUUUACUUAUCCCUUCUAGAUUAUAUUUGAUUUCUUUAAUUUCUUAUCGAGUGUUUGUGCAACAUUAUGGGGAUUGUUGUAUUCAGUUCGUGCAUGGAAAUUUUGAAAAUUCUGUCACUUGAGAUUUGUAAAAAUGUAGAAAUUAUAUAUGAACCAACUUAGUUUAUGUAUUUGUGAUUUAUAUAUAAAAGUGCCUAUUAAUGUGAAUCAUUCACUUGCCUUGUAAAUUAUUUUCAAUUGAACAAAAACAAAUAUAAAAUUUUACAUGUCUCGCACAUUUCUCAUGUCUGCAGGACACUUUUUAAAAAUUGUUUUUUUUCGUUUUCAAUGCUGCAAGAUUUCCAGAAAGUAUGCUGGAAUCGUCAAUGAAAAUUACAAAAAAGCUGUGAUUACAUUUGUGUCUAUUUACCUUCAAGAAAAUGUGUUAAUGUAUAAUUGAAAAGAUUUGUGCAUGUCUGCACUUAUUCCAAUCAGUUUUUGUUCUUUUUGUUGUUUUUUGGUGGUCAUUUUAUGUUUAAAUCACAACCCAAGAUCAUUUUACGCUAAGGAUCAUGAUUUCUUUUCCUGAAAUCAAUAUCUAAGUAGAGAAAAGUUACUGAUCAUGAAAACUGUAUUGUGUUGCAGAAUGACUUGUCAUGACUUGUAAUAAAAUUUGGAAUAAUAAUUUUCA